UCCCCCGCCAGAGGAGCCUGGCUCCGAGCGAGUAUGUGGGGGCCAGGGGGCCCAGGCAGUCCUGGGACCCCCGGCCAUGGGACAGCGAGCCCACCCCGGAGCGCCGGGGUGCUCUGGCACCCACCCCAGGAAGUGCCAGGACCUCGGAGACUCAAUUCUUCUGAUUCUGGGCAGCUUCAUCUUGCUCAACGUGGGGAUCAACGUGGUGACUCUGCUCUGGAGGCAUCUGAAGAGCAACCUGCGGCUCCUCUUCCGUCACCUCUUCCCCAAAGACAAGCAAGCCAGAGGCGUGGGCAACCGUCCCACGUGCGCGUGCUGCUCCGAGGACCCCAAGAACCUGUGCUCGAGAGUCUCUUCCGGCUACCAUCGUCGCUUCCUGCCGGGGCGCUCCGACCACCUGGACUCCUGGAGAGUAGACACAAAAGACGAGAAGGCCUCCGGGUGCCGCUGGAUGCCGCCUCGGGGUGGACACGCAGGGGGUCCUGUGGACGCGCCAUGGGGACUGUGGAAGGAAGGGGUGAUGGGAGCCGGGGAGGCCCCUCAGGUCACAGCCUCAGAGGCCCGGGCGCCCUUCCUCUCCAGGCACGAGACACCUUCCCAGUUCCCCAGGAUGAGCAAGGCAGACAUGGCUCCUCUCCACUUGCCCGAGACCGAGACUAAGACCCCAGAGAACGACUCGGCCCAGGCCCCGGCCCCGGCCCAGAUCUCCCCGCCAGCCCACACCCCUGAGCACAACCCCCUCCAGGCCCAGGCCCCGGCCCAGAUCUCCCCGCCAGCCCACACCCCUGAGCACAACCCCCUCCAGGCCCAGGCCCAGACCCAGAUCUCCCCCCCAGCCCGCACCCCUGAGCACAACCCCCUCCAGGCCCAGGCCCAGACCCAGAUCUCCCCCCCAGCCCACACCCCUGAGCACAACCCCCUCCAGGCCCAGGCCCAGACCCAGAUCUACCCCCCAGCCCACACCCCUGAGCACAACCCCCUCCAGGCCCAGCCCUCCUCCCCGGCCCUCACUCCUGAGCACCCCGACCCCCAAGCCCAGAUCCUCUCCCCAGCCCCUGCCCCCGAGCAUGCCUCAGCCCAGGCCCCUCCACAUCCCCCAGGCCUCACCCCUGAGCACACCCAGCACACUGCUGCCCAGGCCCAUGACCCUGAGCACCCCUCAGCCCAUUCCCUGGGUCACAGUCCCGGGCACACAAUAGCCCAUGCCCCAGCCUUCCCUCCGGCCCAUGCUCGUGUGACCUAUACGCCCACCCCUCACACCCUGCUCCCUGCUCCCGCCUCUGCCCCAGUGCCUCCCCCAACUGCUACCCCAGCCCCUGGCUCAAUCUCUGUCCCAACCUCAGCUCUGGUCAUGACCCUGACUACCGCUCCUGUCCCUAUUCCUAUCUCUGUCUCUGCCACCAUACCUACCCCCAUCCUAACUCCUAUUCCCUCUACCCCGACUGCCUUCAGCCAAGGCCUCUCCACUGGCCAGGUGGUCUACGAUGCCCGCAGGGCAAAGCAGAACUUAUGCCACGUGUGCCCGCCCCAGAACUCUGGGUAUUCCAGAAAGGACUUGGGCACCCUCCCCAGGGCCCAAGAGGGGCAGGGUCUGGGCAGUUCUGGUGCAGCGGAGCAAACACCGAAGCCACAUAGUGGGGACAGUGCCAAGCCCUCCGCAGGGUCCAUACUGGGUUACCUGGAGUUGGGGAAUAUGGAAUGGAAGAUCUCAAAUGACGCCAAAGACAAGUUCCUACAGCCCAAGACCUUCCCUUACUGCAGCUUCCACCCUUGCAGCUCUGAGAGGAAACACACAGACUCCCAGACUCCAGUCUACCCCAAGUGCGUGGUCUACUCCAAGGAUGCCAUACCUUCACAACCUUGCAUUCAUUCUCCAACCGGUGGCCAGAGUGUGCUGGGCACUAUUCCUCCACCAUGCACUCUAUCUCUGCCUCUUAUGCCUCCCAAAUCCUUUGUCCUCCGUCAACUCUCCAACCAUCAAAAUCCCCCAACCUCCAAGUCUUCUCCAUCCACCCACUCUUCCCAGUUUCCCAUCCCUCCCCAGCUCUCCGAGACGUUCCAACCCCCAAUCCAACCCCAGGCCCCUGAACUUCACGAGAGUCCGGGCCUCAACCAAAACUCUGACCUCCAAAGGACUCCAAACCUUUCAAGAGACUCAAGAGUUCCUAGGAACCCAGGCCUUGCCCCAAAUCCAGGCCCCUACAAGAACCCAGGCCUUGUUCAAGAUCUUGGCCUGAACAAGCCCCCAGGCCUUCCCCAAGACCCCUAUCUUUACAAGAGUCCAAGCCCUUCCCAAGACUCUGGACUUCCCAAGAAUCUAGUCCUUACCCAAGAGUCUGGCCCCCAGAAGAAUCUAGGUCCUAUUCAAGAUGGAAGUAUCUCUAGGAGCCCAUGUCUCACCCAACCUUCUGACCUCCACCAAAACACACCAUUUCCCCAAACUUCUGACAUUCAGAGGAGCUCAGGCUUUAGGCAAAACUCUGGAGUCUAUAGGAAUCUAGAACAAAACCAAGAGACUAUACUCUAUAAAAGUCAAGAUUGCUCCCAAACAACUGGUCUCCAUAACAGCCCAGGCCCUUCUCAAGAUUCUGGAGGUUAUAAGAGUACAGGUAAUGCCAACGAGUCGGGAGUCUCUAGGAGUCUAGACCUUCCCCAAGAUUCUUGCCCACGUAAGAGCCCAUACCUUGCCCAAGACUCUGGAGUCAACAAAAGCCCAGGCUUGGUCCAAACCUCUGGCCUUCAUAAGGGCUCAGGCCUUACCCAAGACUCAGGAGACUACAAGAACCCAGGUCUUCCCCAAGAUUCUGGAGUCUACAGAAGCGUAGGCCUUACUCAAGAUUCUGAUCUCCAUAAGAAUCCAGGCCUUACACAAGCCACUGAAGUCGAAAGGAGAUGCGGCCAUAUACAAGAUGUUGGAAUUCACAGGAGCCCAGAACGCACCCAAGACCCUAACUUCCACAAGUACCCAGGAAUCAAUCAAGAUCCUGGCCCCCACAAGGGCCCAGCCCUUACCCAAGACCAUGGCCUCCCCAGGACUCAAGGCCUUACUGGGGGAUCGGGCCUCUGCAAGGAUUCGUGCCUUACCCCAAGUCCCCACCACCACAAGAACCCAGGCCUUGUCCUAGGUACUGACACUGUCCAGGUCUCGGGCCUACCUCAGACCCCAAAGACAACACAAAUGACAAAGUCAUUUGUACCCGAGGAGGCUCCUCGGAAGGAGGGUCCAGAGCAGCACCUAUCAUGGAUUUCUGUUCCACUGAGUCAGAACUCCUACUCCUCCAAACCCCAGGUGGUCUACAGUGACCUGCACACCUUCUCAGAGGUACCCGUGUUGAUCGAGCUGCAGCCAUCCCCCCGGCGAGCAGGCAGCCAAGACUGGGUGUAUCGUCCUGUGGGCACCAUCCCUUCAGCCUGCCAGAACUAUCGCCAGAAGUCUAUGCCUCCCCCAAACAACUGGAAGCCCUACUGUCCUGGGUCGGGCACCCGGGUAGGGCACGUGGUCUUUGACGCCCGCCAAAGACAGCUGGGCAGGGACAAGUGCGAAGCUCUGUCUCCCAGGCGCGUUCGCCAAGAGGCACCCAGCAACUCACCGGAGACCAUCAGGGAGUGGGGACACCAGUGUGUGGUGAGGACCCUGGAAAAAGAGGGGACAAAGGUGCAUUGGGAAUAAAGAGACAAGAGAA